AUGAUUUUUUUUUUCUCUUACAGAAUUGAUUUCAGUCUAAAGUGUCUUUCAUUUCCAAAUGGCUAUUUUAUUUCAUCUCUCUCUUUUUCUACCCACCUCUCUCUCUCUCUCUCUCUCUCUCUCUCUCUCUCUCUCUCUCAAUUGUUCUUUUUUCUUUUGUUUUACUCUUUUACAAUCUCUCUUCCCCUUAAUCUCUCGCUCAACCCAUUUCUCCCAUCGUUCUGUUUUGGACCUCCCUCCCUCCCUCACUUACUCAUUCACUCUUUUUCCCCCCCUCUCUCUCUCUACGUCUCAUUUUUCGCUCUUUUAUGCCUUUUUCUCACUUGUUCUUUUUUCUUUUGUUUUACUAUUUUACACUCUCAAUCUCUCUUUCUCUUAAUCUCUCCCUCUCAAUCCAUUUUUCUCAUCUUUCUGUUUUGGCCUCAUUCCCUCUCUCUCUCUCUCUCUCUCUCUCUCUCUCUCUCUCACCCUCUUUUUUCGCUCUUUUAUUGCUUUUUCUCACUUGUUCUUUUUCUUUUUGUUUUAAUCUUUUACACUUUCAAUCUCUCUUCUUCUUCUUCUUCAUUUCUCUCUCUAACUCUCUCCUUCUCUCUCUCUCUCUCUCUUCUUGAUUUUCUCAGUCUUUCUCUCUCACUUUUUUUUCCUUUAUGCUUUUGUUUCUUCAGCUCUCAAACACGUUUUUCCUCUCUCUUCGACUCUUCCCUUCUCUAUUGCUUCCAUUAUUCGUUUGUUACUUUCAUUCCUUUUUUUUCUGAUUUUUCAUUCAAUAUUUCUUCUUCCAAAUAUUUAGCCACUCUUUCUCUCUCAUCCUUUAUCAUCUCUUUCCCUCACAUUUCAUCCAUUUUCUCUUCGCCCUUUCUUAACUCUGUAAACCUUUCACAUAAUCUUUUAUCUUCUCAUAUUCUUCUUCCAUUGACUUCUCUUUCUUUCAAUUUCUAUCUCUUUCUCUCUGAUUCGUUUCCCUCUUUUUCUUUUCAUUCGCUUUUUUCUUCCUCUUCUUGCUCUUUUUUCUCAUCUCGCUUAUUCUCAUCUCGCUUAUUCUCAUCUCGCUUUCCUUUCUUCACUCUCCUCGCACUGUCACCACUUCCUCUCUUUAUUUCUUUCUUUCACUCUCAACGAGUCUUUUUGCUUUGA